GAAGAGUCAGAUUGUUCGCGAACGUCACAUCUCUGGUGCGUGACAGCCGGUGUGUCAACGACGUUAGCCGCUGCUUGUUAGCCGCUCGCCGCCCUUGGAGCUGGAAGCCUCGGCCACUGGGAUGAGGAGAGAGUCCUGAAGAACCCGCGUUGCAGCAGGACGGUGGCGGGAACGAGGGAGCCAAUACGUCAAGGAAAAUACAAUCGAGUGCAAGUGAAAGGCCAUGGAGCAGCAGAGGCAGAGAGCUCUGUCCACGUCAGGGGAGUCGCUGUACAUUGUUCUGGGAGUGGACAAGAGCGCCACCACAGAGGACAUCAAGAAAUGUUACAGGAAACUGGCGUUAAAGUUUCACCCGGAUAAGAAUCCCGACAAUCCGGAAGCUGCGGAGAAGUUCAAAGAGAUCAACAACGCCCACUCCAUCCUGAGCGACGGCACCAAGAAGAACAUCUACGACAAGUACGGUUCUCUGGGUCUGUACGUGGCCGAACAGUUUGGAGAGGAGAACGUCAACACCUACUUUGUUCUGUCCAGCUGGUGGGCCAAGGCCUUGUUUGUCUUCUGCUGCUUGUCCACCGGCUGUUACUUCUGCUGCUGCCUGUGCUGCUGCUGCAACUGCUGCUGUGGCAAAUGUAAACCUCGGCCCCCCAUGGACCAGGAGCCCGAGUUCUACGUGUCCCCCGAGGACCUGGAGGCCCAGAUGACAGCAGACGAAAGAGAUGGCAGCAACGAGCCCAUCGUGAUGCAGCCGUCCUCCGCCACAGAAACCACACAGCUCACUGCCGACGCCCACCACAGCUACAGAACGGACGCAUACUAGGCACACGCACACACACACACACACACACACACACACACACACACACACAUACACAUAUGGUCCGUGGGUGACGUAGACGUUGUAGAACCUGCACAACGUGAGCAGACAGAAGAUGAAGUCACUGAAAAGACGUAUUCAUAUUUGACUGGAAAUGAUUGAAUUGAUUUCCAUCAGCUUGUUGACGUGCAAACCAGCGCAAUGUGAUGUCACGGGAGGUGGGGGGGAUUCUGGACUAAGCACUUGUCAAUCAUAGCACAAGAUGCAAACGCACACACACACACACACACAUAAUUCAACAAACUCCAUGGGAUUGGACCUGAGAGCAUCUUGUUGCAAGGCGACUGAGCUCAACCACCAGUCCACUGUGCUGGACCGUCUUAUCAUAAAUAAUUGUGUCAUUUGAUUUGACCUUCAAGUUGCUUCUUCUGAUUGGUGGUCUUCAUUAAGCAAUCGCCUCUUCUUCUUCUUCUUCUUCGUAACCACGCUCCCACAUGUCACAUGACCAUAUUUGGAGAUGCAGUCUUGUCUGUCCUCCACGAGCUUCUCGUCCUCCAUCUUCUUCCUCCAUAAAUUCUAACUCGCUGACUUUUCUUUGUAGUUUUGUGUUAUUGCAGGACGUCCCACGUGUUGUUCGGUGUUUCUUUGCCGCAUUGUGUUGUUGUUGUAGGCUGACAUCAACUUGGCGUAUUUCCUCAACUAGCGGUGGGAAUGGGGGUCUCACUCAACUGCAGAGACUGCCAGGCGUUUGUUGGAGGAGCCGUGUUCAUUUCAGUGAGUUGCUGCCCAAUUAGUCGCAUUUUAACCACAAUCACGGUGGGACAGCCUCAAGCCGUCGUGCGGGUUCCAAGGACCACCAAGCACAGACAUUACUUCGAGCAGGUUUUGACUUCUUUAUUUUUCAAUACACUUUCCGUCCCGUCGGGUCGCUUUACAGCUCUGCCGCACUCACUGCUCGCUCCUCGGUUCACUUUUCAGCCUUCCGCAUCGUCUGCGUCUGCCUCUCGCUCUCUUCCGCGCUGCAUGUGUUGCUGUUCGCUCUCCCGUCGUUCUCGGCUGCCGCCCUUUUACACACUUGAGAGAGGAUUACUCAAUUGUGCCCAGGUGCGCGAUCCACGCACCUGAUCUUGUUUGGGGCUGCUCGCUCGCCGUCCACGCCUCCUCGCCGCCAUCUUGGAGCGGGCUCCGGUGUGCCCUGCCUCGCUGUCCGACCGCCGACCCCGCCUCUCCACACACGGUCUUCGGCUACGACAAUGAAAUGCUAAAUGGAGUCUAGUGGGGAUGUAAUGAUACUAAAAUGUAAUAACACGGUUGUUGUGACAAAAUGAUCACACUUAGCAAUAUUAUCACAAUAUUUUGAAUGUGCUUAUACACACUAAAAUAUGUAUCAGUUUUAUUUAGGAAAUGUAAUUAAGAGUGGGUUCAAUGUACACAACCGAAUAUGGGGAAAGACGUUAAAGUCUUUUGUUUUCAAGUUAACAUUAAGAUAGCUUACGAAUGAGUGGUUUUUUCCCCCAUGAUUUUAAUUAAAACGGUAAAAAUGAAAACAUUUUUUUAACCACUGUUAAUCAUUAAUACCGUUCAUUGUUACAUUCCUAGUCCAGGGACAACUUUCCGUCGAGACACUCUUGGAAUUCAUGCACAUGUGCAUAAAAUGAAAGGACUCUUUCAAGCGAGUACAAUCGUUACCCUAAAUAAGGCUAUAUUUUUGUAUGUUGUCAUUGGAUUGUGCGUGGCGCACACUACAAAACAUCAAAUGCAUGACCAGGUCAAGCGGGAGUGUCCCAUUGAUGACAAACGUCCCUGGGAAAAAAUCAUCAAAAAUGGGCAAAUGGAGCUAAAGAAGAAAUGUUCAUACUAAUAAUGAACAAAAGCACAAAAAAAUUAAAUAUAUGGAUGUUUAUUUAGUGUUUUUAUUAAGACUAUUUCAUUGCAAAUUAGAGGAUGAUGUCAUGCGCCCACCCCAUUAUCGCAGGCAAAUUGUUGACCUGUGUGGAACACUGUUUUAUUUAACAUCAUUAAUAAUUGUGAUUAUUAAUCAUGAUGUCAGUAUUGAUACAAAAUACUGUAUUUUCCGGAAUAUAAGUCGCACCGGCCGAAAAUGCAUAAUAAAGAAGGAAAAAAACAUAAUAAAGAAGGGAAAAACAUAAUAAAGAAGGGAAAAAACAAAAAAUAAGUGGCAUUUUUUGUGGAAAUGUAUUUGAUAAAAGCCAACAGCAAGAAUAGACAUUUGAAAGGCAAUUUAAAAUGUCUAAAGAAUAGUGAACAACAGGCUGAAUAAGUGUACGUUAUAUGAGGUGUAAAUAACCAACUGGUAUGUUAACGUAACAUAUUAUGGUAAGAGUCAUUCAAAUAACCAUAACAUAUAGAACAUGCUAUACGUUUACCAAACAAUCUGUCACUCCUAAUCACUAAAUCCCAUGAGAUCUUAUACGUCUAGUCCAGGGGUCGGCAACCCGCGGCUCCGGAGCCGCAUGCGGCUCUUUGACCACUCUGAUGCGGCUCAGCUGCAUACUUGCGACCCCCCGAUUUUCCCAGGAGACUUGUGGAUCUCAGUGCCUCUCUAUGAAAUCUCCACGGGCAAUUAUAAUCCUAUUUUCACUCUAAUUACUAAAUAAAGGGCGUGCCCUAAAUGCACUGAAGUAAUUGCCCUCUAUAGCAUUUACUAACAGCGUGCCAGCCCGGCCACAUGUUGUAUGUAGCUUUUACUUGCACACGUAGGAGACAGCAAAGC